AUGAGGUCCAUCGUCAUCACCGCGAUUACCGGCUUGGUCGGCCAAGCUUUGGUGGGCGCCGCCGCCAAACUUGUGUUUGAGGUCCCGGACACGCCAUAUCUUGUCAAGUGGACGUCACAAGAACUCAUCGACCACGGCCGCGUUGAUCCCUUCAACUCUUCGCACGCACGGCGACUCAUGAUCUCGCGCUUCACUCCCGUACCGCCGCGAGAGUGCAAAAGGACUUGCCGUAGGCCAUGGAUCGAACCGGGCAUCGUAACCGAGAUCGAGGAGAUCUUCGGACCUCCUCUCUAUCCGCACGGUUGGCCCGAAGGCAUCUAUGGCGAUUUCGAGGUGGAAGUGUGUUGCGACCAAAAGACCCGUAAGCGCGACUUUCCCGUCGUGCUCUUCGGACCAGGCCUGAACGCGACCAGGCACAUCUAUUCAGUUCUCGCCCAGAAUUUGGCCGGCAUGGGCUACGAGGUCAUCACCAUGGAUCACCCUUACGAGUCCAACGUGGUCAGGUUCCCGGAUGGAUCCAAGAUAUACGGCGGGAGGAUUACGUACGAAUGGGACGAGGAGGACCCGGAUGAUCCGCUCAUGGCCUGGGGACAGGAAGUCCGAGUGGCAGAUGCAUCGUUUGUCCUCGACUCGAUUGGUGUCGGCCCACACGACAAAGUCGUCGCCACCGGGCAUUCAACCGGCGGCGCCGCAGCAGCUGCCCUCAUGGUUAGCGACACGCGUGUCGUAGCCGGCAUCAACCUGGACGGCACUAUGUACGGCUCGAAAUAUGGACGCCUAACGUCGGGUGUCGACCGUCCCUUCCUCUUGCUUGCCUCCAAGACCCACACCUUUACGCUCGACAGGACGUGGGAAGACUUCUGGCAGGCCACAGUUACAAACCAUCCAGGUACUUGGCUCAAGGCUCUGAGGAUAUCCGAAGCGCAGCACACCACCUAUAGCGAUUUUGCCCCUAUUGGCGACAUGCUAGGCUUGAGGAGGACGAGUUUCUGCGAGAUAACGUGCUGGGUAACAUCACUGGCGCCCGGGCCAUGA